AUGGCGUGUAGCAAAAAGGGGAGUCUUUCUUGCAUAGACAAAAGCGCCAAAACAGAGGGCAAAAAGCACAGCGAAGAGUGCGAAAAGGAAAACAGCAGCCCGUUUCCCGGGGCAUUCAGCGGAGUGUGCAGUGGCUUUGCCAUUAAAAUGCGGGAGUAUACGCUGCGGGCAAAGGCAACAGACGAAGUUCUUUUAAAAAGCAUAACGUGCAAAAUACCAAAGGGAAAACUUACGCUUUUAAUUGGAGACUCGCAGGAGAGAAGGGAAACCCUUCUAAACGUGCUCUCAGGACAGCCAAUGCCCGGGCACGGGAAGGAGCGCGGACGCAUAAAAGUGCAAAAUGCGUUCGGGGAGCUGGAAAGGCGAGACGCUGCCGCGUGGAUGAAAAGGACGAACUACUCGAGGCCUGCAAGCCCGCAGAUGUACGACGCGAUGACCCCGCGGGAGGUGCUUAUGUUCGUGGCAACGGUGAGGGAGCGCCCAAAAAGUGCUGUGGACGAGGCCCUCCAUUUUACGGGGCUAGCUCCAAUCGCAGACGUGCAGAUACAGCACUUAGCAGAGGAGAUGGACAGCGUCCUCGACGUAGUUAUGCUGGGAGCAGGCAUGCUCACUGAAAAUGAAGUGAAUACGUGGAACAUCAAGGAGACAAGAAACCCGUGCUUUUUUGACGACGAGAAGCUCCUGCAGAGAAUUCGGGAGAACAAAAAGACGAACAUUCUCGUGCUGGAGAGAGACUUGCCAGAAAGCAUUUUGGCCUUAGCGGACUGGAUCGUGUUUAUGCACAAGUCAGCGGUGGUGUACUGCGGCCCGUGUGCAAAGAUGGAAAAGCAUCUAAGAAGGCGUGGAAUGGCAUUCUCCAAAAAGCCCUUUUCAGACUUUAUCCUAGGGGCAAACACGGGAAGACUGCAGGAUAUUCUGGGCAGGGAAGACCGAAAAGUCCUUGAAAGUUUCCUCGAAGGGACAGGCCGAGUCAGGCACUGGAGCAGCUGUACGCCCACAAAAAGCGUCUUCGUGAGGCCGGACAGGUUCAACUUUUCAACGGUUAAGGCCCUGAUGAAAAGGUCGGCCUUGCUUGAGCGGAGGUUUCGAUUCCCCGUGUUUCUCGCCAGAGUGCUUAUAUACUGCGCUGUCUGCGCGCUCUCUGUGGGCCUUAUUUUCUUCUCCUGGGAGACUCUGGACUUUACGGACAUCCACAGCAGCCCCAUCGUGACAAAGUCCGCAGAAAUCCCGAAGUUCCCAAGGAGAGUCCCGGAGUUUGGCAACUUCCCAGCGCUGAAAGAGGGCAUUUCUGCUCUGAUUCGGGCUGCAAGAACUGUCAGGUGGAGCAUCUCUGCGUGCUUUCUCUUCUGGUACUACAUGAUAUUCCUGUACUUUGCAAGCGUGUGCAUUUCCCCGUGUGCCCUGCACUCUGCAAGCGUGGAGAUGUGCAAGCUCGAGAUUCGGUCGGGAAUGUACAAUGCAGCAGAGUUUAUUGCUGCCCUUGUCUUGGAGAUUCUCGUGAAAAACAUUCUUGUCCCGUGCAUCCUCCAGGCCGUGUGCUUCUGCACCACCAACUACUUCAUCACGCGCGAAACUGCAUUUAUGGGCCUUAUUAGCUACACGUACUUUGACUACUUCGUGGCAUUCCUCUGCAGCAACUUUGUCUUUGGGAUGUACGUGGUUCUCAUACACCUUAUAUCCUUUAAAGCGCUAUUCUCCAGGGUAAACACGUGCGCACUCGUUUUGGUGCCACUUGCUGCUCUGGGGGUGGAGGCAAUUCUCUUCCCCAUGAGAAGGACGGAAGUUGCAGUGGAUGCCAGACUGCACGGGGUUUGGAGGAUUCUUUUCAACAACAUGCGCAAUGAAAAGAACGUUUUGGAGCGCAAGUACGCGAAGGAAAUGACAGCUCUUCUGAAAAGGCCGUACCUUCUUUACGCGUUUAAAAGGUUCCGAAUGCGGGACUUUCUGGUGCGCCCCAUCAGCUGGUUCUCCUUCAGGAAUAUGCCGGAGUGGGGGGCCUUUUUCGGGGCUAUAGUGAGCAUUGCCGGAGACUGCACACACUGCCUGUACAGGUACGGGCCCUCCGUUGUCUUUGAUGAGGUUCUCUAUAAAAUCGGGUACUACAGAGAAUACUUUUCCAUGGGGGGUAGUGAAGCUCUCACGUGCACAAAUAAUUCUCUGGCCGAAAAAAUAUCCGAGGAGAUCCAGGAGAGAAACAAGAUCCCAGGGCUCUUCAUGCACUUCUACCCGCUUAUCUACUGCACAGACCCGGGGAGCUCCACCCUUUCCUUUGCCUCCUUCACAAAAACAGGCUUCUUCGGAAUUCUCUUCACGAUAAUACGGUGCAGCCUGCUCCCUGGACUCCUCCUGUGCGUGUUUUUGCUGCUCUCGUAUACCUCUAUGCAGCCUGGAUAA